UUGACGAGCUGCCGCGCGGACGAGUUGCUUUUUCCUCGUUGCCUUUAGCACACGUCGCGUCGCGUAACGCAGUAUUUACGCCUACCGCCAAAGAAAUUGAUUUGCAGUAUUUAUUCAAUAGUCGAAAGGAAAACAAUAUCGAAUACCAAAGAAGCGACGUCUCUUUUCUCUCUGUGUGUUUUGUGAAAUUGUGUUGUUAGUGUCUGCAAGGAGUAACAAUGUUUUUUGUGUCAUAACAAUAGGUGUUUGACGAAGUGUACAACUGAAAUAAUUAUGAGGUUUAGGCAACCCCUUAAUAUCAAGAAACGACUGCUGAGAGUGGUAUCCUUUACAUCCAGUCUGAGGUAGUCAAUUGACACCGCCUAUGGAAGGGAACAGAUUCACAGUCUCCACGGUGGAGAACGAAAUAAAGAUGAACGGCAUCCAAAAGGGAGCGAUGAUGAUAACCCGGCCGCUGCGCAGCGCCGAGCCGGAGCGGGGUACGCCAGCGCCCCCGUCGGCGCCGCCCGCGCCCGACACGUGGUUGCACGACGCCGGCUGGCGACGCAAGCGCUCACUGGCGCAGCUCACGAGGGAAGCGCUGCCUAGGAUGGAGAACUACAGGAACUCAAAGAGAGCGCUGAAAAGACCAAGCUUGGGAGAGCUUCAUGGAGAUAAUUUGAUCACUGAGGAGGACGAGAAGGACCACAGAGAAACAAAGUCACCGACGCCGGUCGUUGGUAUCAAAUUAGGAUGGAUUCAAGGAGUGCUAAUACCAUGCCUUCUCAACAUUUGGGGGGUGAUGCUGUUCUUGCGAAUCUCCUGGGUGGUCGCCCAGGCGGGCAUCGGCAUGUCCCUGGUCAUCAUCGCGAUAUCGGCGGUGGUCUGUAUAAUCACCACGCUUUCUAUGAGCGCCAUCUGCACUAACGGCGAGGUGAAAGGAGGUGGUAUUUACUACAUAAUAUCCAGGUCUUUGGGGCCGGAGUUCGGCGCAUCAGUGGGAAUUAUAUUCGCGUUUGCCAACGCCGUGGCAGCCAGUAUGAACACUAUUGGGUUCUGUGACUCUAUGAACGAACUGCUGAAGACCAAUGGGCUCAUUAUCAUAGACAACGACGUGAACGACGUGCGGAUCAUUGGCACAGUGGCUCUGGUAGUCAUGUGCGUCAUCUGUGCGAUCGGCAUGGAGUGGGAGAGCAAAGCACAAAACUUCUUGAUCGCCAUCAUCGUGGGAGCCAUGUUCAAUUUCAUCGUGGGCACUAUCAUGGGACCCAAAGACGUCAAAGAGAUUGCGGAGGGAUUCGUUGGAUUUAGUACGGCGACAUUUGCGGAGAACUUCAAGCCUGACUUCCGGUUUAGUGAACGCGUGCACCAAGACUUUUUUAGCGUGUUCGCUAUAUUCUUCCCUUCGGUGACCGGCAUCCAAGCUGGAGCCAAUAUCUCUGGCGACCUCAAGGAUCCAGGUUCAGCGAUACCAAAAGGGACGCUGUUGGCGCUGCUGAUAUCUAUGCUGAGCUACGCGCUAAUGGUAUUGUUCUCCGGGGGUGGCGCCCUGAGGGACGCCAGUGGCGAAGUGUCGGACUUACUGAUGGCCAACGGGACAGUGAUCGACACUAGUGGCCUACGGGACUGUCUCCGCAACGCCUCGUGUGCAUUCGGACUACAUAACAGUUACUCGGUGAUGCAGUUGAUGUCAGCAUGGGGCCCUCUAAUCUACAUGGGAUGCUGGGCGGCGACACUGUCGACGGCGCUGACCAACCUGCUGUCGGUGCCGCGGCUCAUUCAGGCGCUGGGCGUCGACCGCAUCUACCCCGGACUCAUAUUCUUCUCCAAGCCCUACGGCCCCCACGGCGAGCCCUACAGGGGAUACGUACUCACGUUCUUGGUGUCGCUUGUUUUUCUCCUGAUUGCCGAUUUGAACACCAUUGCUCCUCUGAUCUCCAACUUUUAUCUGACGUCUUACGCGCUGAUCAACUUCUGCACCUUCCAUGCGGCGUUGGUGCGCCCGCUCGGUUGGAGACCUACCUUCAGGUACUACAACGUGUGGGUGUCGUUACUCGGGUUCCUGAUGUGCGUGGCCAUCAUGCUGUUGAUCAGCUGGGUCAUGUCGCUCAUUACCUUCGCCAUCUUCUUCACACUCUACCUGAUAGUGCACUACCGCAAGCCUGACGUGAACUGGGGCAGCAGCACUCAGGCGCAGAUGUACAAGACGGCGCUGUCGAGCGCGCACAGCCUCGCGCGCACCGGCGAGCACGUGAAGAACUACUGGCCGCAGCUGUUAGUGCUGGCCGGCGCACCGCACGCCAGGCCUGCGCUCGUCGACCUCGCCAGCCUCAUCACCAAGGCGGGCUCGCUCAUGAUCGUCGCCGACAUCACUGAGAAAAAGCUCUCGUACAAGGAGCGGUCAGCACGUUUGCGCACGAGCGACGAGUGGUUGCGCGAGCGCAAGGUGCGCGCCUUCUGCAGCGAGGUGCACGGGUUCAGCAUCGAGCUGGGGGCGCGCGCACUCAUGCAGGCCGCUGGUGUAGGCCGACUAGCGCCCAACGUGUUGCUCAUGGGGUACAAGGGGGACUGGGCCGCCGCGCCACCGCACGACCUCAACGCGUACUUCAACGUACUCCACACGGCGUUCGAGAACCGCCUAGCGGUGGCGAUCCUCCGCAUGGCUGGCGGUCUGUACUGCGGUGCGGCGGAGAGCGCGGGUCCCGCGUGCGGCACGCUCACCGCCACCUCCAGCGGCAGCGGCGACUUGCGCGUGCGCCGUGCGCAUACCAACAUCAUGCAUGCGGAUUCUGACCUCGACAUACGCUCCUCCGACUCGCAGCCAUCCAGCAGGCAUAACCUCACCAAUCUAUUAGCACUGACGACGUCUCGAUCGUUCACGAUAUCAGAAAAAGAACCAAAAGACAAGAAAAAAUAUAAGAAGGCGAUUGAUGUUCACCCGCAGAUAAUCUACAAAGCCUCGAAUGGUGUCGAGAUAUCCAAAGAUCAAUUAUCUCAAAUGACAAUAUUCCAAAGGAAACAGGAGCCUGGCUUCAUCGACGUGUGGUGGCUGUACGACGACGGGGGGCUGACGAUGCUGCUGCCGUACAUCAUCUCGCAGCGCUCCGCGUGGGCCCACUGCAAGUUGCGCAUCUUCGCUCUCGCCAACCGCCGCCACGAGAUGGAGCUCGAGGAGAGGAAUAUGGCCAAUCUACUGUCCAAAUUCCGGAUAGACUACUCAUCGCUGACGAUGGUGCAAGACAUCACGGAGGCGCCGCAGCAGGACACCAAGAACUUCUUCAAUGACCUCAUCAACAAGUUUACCUCAGAAACUACAAGCGAAGAAUGUCGCAUCAGUGAAACAGAAAUGCUGACAUUGGCGGAGAAAACCAACAGGCAGUUACGACUGAGAGAACUUCUUCUAGCCAAUUCUAGCGCCGCGCGCCUCGUCGUCAUGUCGCUGCCUUUGCCCAGGAAGGGUUCGGUGUCGGCGCCGCUGUACAUGGCGUGGCUGGAGGUGUUGAGCCGCGACAUGCCGCCCACCCUGUUCGUGCGCGGAAACCACACGUCCGUACUAACCUUCUACUCGUAGAACAGUUGCAGUUGCAUCCAGGGCUGAUGUUAACCACAAAAAUUAUGCAGAACUACAAAAUCCGAAAUAUUAUGGCAGUAAACCGAGCAGACCCCGUGCAGCAAAUUUCCUACACUAAACUCCUGCUCAUAGCGACACCAAUAUUGAGGGUGCCAGUUCUUCUAGUUAAUAUUAUGUUAACUUUAUAACGCUUCAUACCAACCUGUCCAAAGCAUUUUAGAUGUUUUUUUGAAGUGAAAACUUCUUUAGCACCUUUGUGAUUUGAGCCUCGAAGAAACGGAAGUGGAGUAUUGGACACAAGAUAGGUAUCCAUAAUUUUGUCAUUUACCAUAAGAGACGGAUAGCCAAACAGUAACGGUCUUGGGGUCGACACUAACUGAUCGAUGGUUCGAUCUGAGCUCGAUAUUUUUUUAAAUUAUUAUUUUUUCUUUUAAUAAGCUAUUAUUUAUUUUUCGAAACAAUUUAAGUACCUAGUAUAAAAUAUUUAUUUUUUCCUAGAGAGUUGAUUUAAACACAAGUGUUGUCUGUGAACAGCACAUUCAACACCAUAUCCAUAAAAUGCUAGAAGAGUAUACAAUGCUUGAUAUAGAUACUAACCUCACCCCUAGUGGUACAGUCAUAUUAAACUUUUUAUUUUAAACUUAAACUAUCAAUAAAAAUAAAUAUCUAUCAGGCAAUGUGUACCAUAAUUUGGGUUAUGUACUUUGUAUCUUUAAAAGGCAGUUUUGUUUUAGAGCUAUUGAUAUUGUGAUACAUUCAGGGAACAAUUAAGUAAUUACCUACGGCGCUGCUAAGUUACUCUCCUUACCUAAUUAAUGAAAUUACGAAUAUAUUUUAUCAUGAAAACUUAACAACAAUUUCGUUGAAAUAAUACAUUUCUAAUUAAAUUGUCGAAUCUAGGUUACUUGGAUAGGUUCACUUAUUACUUAUAAUUAACUUAACUUUUAUUUACACAUUUAAUAUGAUAUAAGAACCAAUCGUAUUAUUUUAUUCCAUCUAUUUUUGUAUUUUGGAUCGGUCACUUACCAAUCUACUUAACUUAAAAUGUUUUGUCUUAGUCUUAGCUAAGCUUUUCAAAAUUAGCUCUGACCUCUUAAAGUCAAAGUUUGAAAGCCAACACAAGUUGUGGGAGCGCUCUCUGAUUCAAAGUUUUAAAUAGUUUAUUAUUUGUCUUGCUGAAAGAAGACAAAU